AUACUGUUAGCAACCAGUAAUUGCGGUGCCAGUGGCUCAUAUCCCUGAACCAUUCCUCCAUCAAGCCAGCACCACUGUCACAACUUUUCAUAUAGGGCUGGAAAACUAACAAGAAGCCGUCAAGAUGUCUGAAAAAAAGAUGACCUCAAGCCGCAGGCACAAUCUCAAGAGUUUGAUGCUUUCGAUAGCUAAGGGCUUGCUGGAGAAAGAAGCCAAACAGUCUAAGAUUGACAAGGAGACCUACAUGGCACAGAACUGCCCUGAGCUCACCUUGCCACACUCAGUGCAAGAGCUGCAGGAGCUGUGCAAGAAGCUGCACCACACCAUCGACAAGGUUGAUGAGGAGAGAUAUGACUUGGAUUCCAAAGUACAUAAGGGAGACAAAGAGAUUGAGGAUCUUAAGAUUAAGGUGAUUGACCUGAAGGGCAAGUUCAAGAAACCCGCCCUUAGAAAGGUGCGCAUGUCUGCUGAUCAGAUGCUUCAGGCUCUGCUCGGCUCCAAACACAAGGUGUCUCUGGACCUGAGAGCAAACCUGAAACAAGUGAAGAAGGAGGUCAAGGAGGAGGUUGUAGAUGUCGGUGACUGGCGUAAGAACGUUGAGGACAAGGCUGGCAUGGAUGGCAGAAAGAAGAUGUUUGAGGGCGAGGCUUAAAUUUCUGGACAUUUUUCUUUACUUGCUCUGAAUACUCUUUACAGCAUGUAGUGUCUUACCUUUUUGCAGUAGUUGGAUCAUUUAUUCCAGUACUAAUGCCUGCUAAUUACAUUUGUUUCAUGCGGUAUAUUUGUUCUGAAGGGUAAAUGUAUGUUACUGCAGAAGCACUACCAUUAAAUGAAUUGGCAUGAAAAACCUA